CAAAAGCAGCUGAUAAGGCAGGUCCAUCUGAAGACGAGUUUAGUGUGCGACUCGCACCUGGAGCUGUUUGGACAGCGAGGUUCUGGAGCGUCACUCACUCCGUGGUACGUUUCUCUCCCUCCAGGACGCGCCGCGUACUUCUCGCAGGAGCCUCAGGACCAGAUGGUGGUGAGCGGUCAGUCCGUGACGCUGCCCUGCGUCAUCGUGGGAUACCGCGGCAUGGUGCAGUGGACCAAGGAUGGGCUGGCGCUGGGAGGAGAGAGGGACCUGCCAGGCUGGACCCGGUACUCCAUCAUGGGAGCGCCCAUGUCGGACGAGCACAGUCUGCUCAUUGACUCUGCUGAGCUGACGGAUGACGCUGUGUACGAGUGCCAGGCCACGCAGGCUGCCCUGCGCUCCCACAGAGCCAGGCUCACUGUGCUGGUGCCCCCCGAGGACCCCACAGUGGACGACGGGCCGGUGGUGAGGCUGAAAGCACACGAGCCCUACAACCUAACCUGCAGAGCCUCGGGGGCGAAGCCAGCCGCGGAGAUCACAUGGUACCGGGAGGGGGAGCUGCAGGAGGCUGCGGUCUACUCCAAGAGUCUGAUGGAAGAUGGUAAGCGGGAGCUGUCGUCCAGCAUGCUCCUGGUCACUCCUGAGGAUCAGGACACGGGUCGAGCGUUCACCUGCCACGUCAGCAACCCUGCCGCCCCUGCUGGCAAGCAAACCUCCGUCACACUCAACGUGCAGCACCCCCCGACCGUCACUCUCUCUGUUGAGCCGCAGACCGUCCUGGAAGGAGCCAAGGUUCUCUUCGUCUGCUUUGCUUCGGCCAACCCGGAGAUCACCGGCUACAGGUGGGCGAAAGGCGGCGUGCUCAUCUCCGAGGCCAAUGGAGACAGCCUGGAGGCCACGGUCGACCACACCUACUUCACCGACCCCGUGUCCUGCGAGGUGUCCAACUCCGUGGGCAGCACCAACGUCAGCACCCUGGUGGAUGUGCAGUUCGGUCCGAUGCUGAUGUCUGAACCCAAGCCCCAGUCUGUGGAUGUCGGAAUGGACGCUGCCUUUACCUGCUCCUGGACAGGGAACCCACCUUUGACCUUAGCCUGGACCAAAGUGGGCUCAAACGUGGUCCUCAGUAACGGGAACACUCUGCAGCUGAAGGCGGUCACCCAGGAGGAUGCUGGGAGCUACGCCUGCAAAGCCAUCGUGCCGCGCGUCGGAGUGGCUGAGCAGGAGGUCACUCUCACAGUGAACGGCCCCCCACUGAUCACAGCAGAGCCCCUCCAGCACUCAGCCAAGGGGGGCAAUGCGAAGCUCGAGUGUUUCGUUGACAGCACGCCCCCGCCAGACAAGAUUGUCUGGUCAUUCGGUGAGACCACCUUGUCAGGAGGCAGCUCAGGUCGAUUCACGGUCACCACCGCCUCGGUGGCCGGGGGAGUGAUGUCAUCGCUGGUCAUCACAGAGACGACAGAGCAUGACUUCAGCAUUCGCUACAACUGCAGCGCGUGGAACCGCUUCGGAGAGGGAGUGGCCCUGCUAACACUCCAGGAGCAAGAAGUGCUCCCCCUAAUGAUCAUAGUGGGUGCUGCAGUUGGGGGCGGAGCCAUUCUCCUGGCCUGUAUCCUUGUCAUCAUCCUGCUGCGCUGCAGGAACUCUUGGAAAGGCAAGAAGAGCACCCGCCUCUCCAAGAGUGACAUCCGAGUGCAGAUCGUGCACAGCGACCACAACGUGGCCCGGACCAAUGAGGACGAAGAGGAGGACGUGAAGGAGACAAUGGCUCCGAACAGUGAAUCUCCAGGAACUUCCAGGACAGAGCACAGUGACCUGCUGGAGGAAGAGGAAGACGAGCGGGCAGAGCUGAAGGAUCCCACCAAUGGGUACUACAACGUGCGCACCCACGAGGACCUUCACAUCCGCAGCGGCUUUUCAGACUACCUCCCGAACCCCCGUCCCAUCUACACCCCCUCCUCCCAGCAGGCCAGCCAGCCUCGCAUCUACGACUACAGGCACCGCUACGGGACCGCCACUGGGGGGCGCACCCCCUACGAGCAGCAGUACCCCCAAGAGCCUGUGUACGGGGGCUCUGCCUAUCUCCCGGCACCCUACGGGCGAGCUUUCACCAGCUACAUGAAGCCAGCCACCUACGAGAAGGUGGACUCUUACGACCCCUGUGACCAGGCCAGCAAGGUGUCGAGCUCGUCGCGCUUCUCCUUCGCAUCCUCGCAGCAGUCGGACUUCGGGCGGCCAUCGCAGACGCGCAUGCAGACGCACGUGUGACGCGGUGCCCUGGGGAUCGGACACGCGGCCGCAAAAUCAAGCGAGAACAAUCAUGCUUCCAUCGCUGGAAGCUUCCGAGCGACUUAAUUACUGUACCGAAGACAUUGUUUUUAAUUCCUUCACUCAAGGUGUGUGGAACUGUGUCAAGCAACAAUCUCAUUGACGUGUGUUUUAGUAUCCACCUCAAGUCCUGGAAGAUGCUUGCAAAGGGCAUCUUUCAGGGAUUGGUUUGGUUUCUGAAAAGUAUACUUUGAUGGACCUCUGCAGGUAACUGGAACUAACCCUCCCAGGAUAAUGUAAUUUAUCUGGGCUUCUUGUCCCAUUGGUUAUGGCCAAUGAUGAAUUUAAAGACAAUGUGUAUAUUGAAGGAGAAGCUUCCUAAAGCUUUAUUAAGUACAGUAUUCAAGACACUGCUUUUACCUGAAAGUCCAACUGGUCCAAAACUCAACAUAAGGAAAAGAUGUUGAUUUACAUCACAGCUCUGAUUCUGACCUCUUCAGUUCCUUCAUGAAGCUCAUCCUACAGGCAGGUUCCACUAAGGGAUUGCCAGUACAGUAUAUCCAGAAGGGGAAACGUAGAUCUUGCAAGGAUCUCCAAGCUGUCUGUGUGGAGAUGUGGAAGGGAAGCAUGUGGGUGAAAAAAUUAUACCCGACUGCUGCAACGUACAAGAAACCGCACAGUCACGCUAAUACCCAAGAGAACUGGUAGCAUUUUAUAAUAGAGCCGGUCCAUCACAGCGCAGCGACUCAGACUCUGGGAGUCUCCCAGUUAACAGGUGGGUUCGUUUUGAUCAAUGCCAGGAACGAAUGGGCUGCUUCUGAUGGAUGUAGCUUUGUGUCAGCAUUGUUUUCACAAGACCAGUAUUUCUAAUAGAAAACGUGGAACCGAUUUAUUUUGUGGAAUACCAUAUGAUAAAGCCACCCGUGGUCAGGUUGACAGUAAAUUAUAUUUAAGUUUGAUGUUUCUAUCUCCGUGACUUUAGGAACUAAGUAUAAAAAACAAUGAUCUAUACAUGCUUGUCUUAUUUUAAUUCAAUUUUAUAUUUCAUAUAACCCUUAAAUGUACACUGCUAGCUCCUCUGAUGUAAAAUAUCUUUAUAAAAGGAAAUUGGGGUUUGGGUGCACAACAAUCAAACUAUUUAUAUGCAUUAAGAACUUUAUUUGCAAAACUAUUGUUGCUUGUAACUCUGUACACAUACAGUAUUUAUAUUGAAAUAAAACAUCUGCAAUAAAAUGUUGUAUUUGUGUGAGAAAGUAAAAGAAUGGGAAAACAUUUUCUUUUGUAAGAUACAACCCUAACCCUUCUCUAAUAGUGUACUUCCAUAGAUAGUGCAACAAGACAGACAUGUUAAGUGCAUUGUACUGAUGUGUCAGCACAUCUGCAUUUACAAAGUCACUACUGAAAAUAGUCAUUAGAGACACAAAGUGUUACCCCCCCAAAAAAAAUAUAU